GAAGAUGCUAGCCAUUGCCAGCUCCUCGGAGAUCCCCACUUUUGUCACUGGUCAAGAGGAGAUCCCCACUUUUGUCACUGGCCAGUAUUCUGUCCAACUUUUGUUUGAUACCCAAAUGACCAGAGAGAUCUUCGCCAGCAUUGACUCAGCAACACGCCCAGGCUCUGAGAGCUUGCUCCUCAGCGUCCCUGCAGCUGUGAUCCUGAUGCUGAAUACCGAGGGGUGCUCCUCUGCAGUGAGAAAUGGCCUGCUUCUACUCAACCUGCUUUUGUGUAACCACCAUACUCUGGGAGACCAGAUUAUAACCCAAGAGUUGAGAGACACCUUGUUUAGGCACUCGGGGAUAGCACCGGGGACAGAACCCAUGCCUACCACACGCACUAUCCUCAUGAUGCUUCUCAAUCGCUACUCAGAGCCGCAGAGCAGUCCUGAGCUAGCAGGUACCAGUGUGUAUGUGUGAUGGGAGGUUCUGCUGAGGAGCAAUACAGUAGCAGGCUGUGGCCAGGAAGGGCAGGGUAUACAUUGCAGCCACUCACUGAAGGAUGCUGGGAUCUCUAGGAAAUGAAUGAAACUGUUGGUAUUCAAGCUGGAGAUGUUGGGGGGUGUGGUGUGUAUGGGGCUGUGUAGCCCAAACUGACCUCGAGCUCAAGAUCCUUUUGCCACUGUCUUUCAAGUGCUAGGAAUACCAGUGUGUACCUUCAUGCCUCAAGUUAGAGCUCAAGCAGAGCUUCCUGAUCAGAAGGAGAAUACUGUAGAAUAUGUGCAAGGAAAUUACUUCGCUGUGCCUUACACCUUUGUGGAAUCCCAUCAGUCUUCGUUAGGUUUGAUCCAGACCUGUUAGGAAGUAGAAAAGUUGAAAUAUAGGGAGGCUUUCUGUAGCAGAAUUGCAAUUUAUGGUACAGAAAAUUUGUGACUAGGUUGUAUACUAAAGUGGUUGAGCACUUAACCUCAUACUUAGAAGCCCUUCUUCUUCUAAGAGGGUUCAGGCUCCUGCAUAACAUUACAAAAGAAAGAAACAGAAAAGGAGAGAACAGAAAGUUUAUGACUGGGAAUGUGAACUCUUGUUAUCACAUGAAAUCCUUUGCAUUUUGCAAAACAGGUGAGAG